AUGCACAUCGGUGGACAGCUAAUAUUUUGUGAUAUGCUACAUUGUGUUGGCAUCAGUAUGCCAAGAUGUGACCUUUUAGUUCGAUUAGAGGCAAACACCAUAGAAGAAGCAGAACAACCAAUGGAGCAGGCGGGAUUAAGGAAGAGUUUCUCAACUGCAGACCACAUUCACACUCUGGAAAUUCUGAUUGAAAAAUACCAAGAAAAACAGCGAGCUCUUUAUAUCGCCUACAUCGACUACAAAAACACAAAGAUACCGUUUCACAUGUAUGCACUAAUAGAGCAAGGAGUAGCGAAGGAGUAUAUAAAAAUAUUAAAAAGUAUAUAUCGUAACAACACGGGCAGAGUCAAACUUGUGAAAGUCGGUCCAAGCUUUCUCAUAAAAAGAUGUAUGAAAAGGAGACCCGGCAUCCCCUAUGCUGUGAAUUGCCAUCCUAGAGUCGAUAAUAAAAUAACUAUACUGGGGAACAAGCGGCCUGAGAUCCUUGGAGGAGGCCUUCACCUGCGGAGGGGUUCUUGUUCUCGGAAAUAG